AUGAUAGUUAGAUAAAGCAUAUCACCAAAAAGAAAAAGUGUGACUCCUUCUAUGUAUGAAGGAAGAUAAUAUUAAAAUACCUUAAGAUGUAGUAAUCUUAAAACAGAAAGCUUGGAUUAAAGAAAUGUUUGUUCAAGGAAUGAUGAUUACAAAAGAAAAUAGCAUAACAUUUCCAAUCCUAGAAAAAUUAUUUCAAUAUAAAAUCAUAAAGCCUCUUUAAAUUUUUCUUAUAAUUCCAAAAACUUAAAAACAAUAUAAACAUCUACUAGAAAAUUAUCUCUAUAAACGUAAGUCAAAUAAACUAUUUUAGUAAAACAAUGAUAAGCAGUACGACAAGUGAUAACUGUUAGAUUUAAAAGUUCUUUAUAAAUCCAAUACCCAAUAUUCUAUAAACUUGUGAAAGGUUGAUUAAAGCAUAAAGAUUAGAAGAAGCAAUGAAAGAAUUAGAAGAAAUUGAUUCACUUCAUAUCAAUUAAGAUUACUAAUAAUAAAUUGCAUUUCUUAAAGGGACAAUAUAUAUGCAAAAUCAUCAAUAUGAAAAAGCUAUAAAUAAUUUUUAAAAAUGUAGACAAUUAGGAGAUUUAAAUGGAAAUGCUUAGGUUCUUUAAGCUAUCUCUUUAAGAAAGAUAGGCAAUUAUAUAGAAGCAAUAUCAAUUUUGAAAGAUUUUCUAUUGAAAAACAAUGCAAACUAAUCUCCAGUUUAUUAUGAUGCUGUAUUAUAAAAAGGAAAGCUAUUAAUGAAAUUAAAAAAAUACAAAUUGGCUAUGCAUGACUUUAUGAUUGCAUCAACAUUAGAAAAGGAUAUGCAAAUGUUUUAAGGAACUUUAGGAAAGGGUGAUUGCUUAAGAUAAUGUGGAAAGAUUUUUGAAGCACUUAUUAUUUAUGAAGGUAUACCUGAUAAUCAACAAGUAUUGAUUAGAAAGAUUAUAUGUUACUUAGAAUUAUAAUAAUUAGAUAAAGCUUUGGAUAUUAUUAAUAAGAUUUUAAUUAAAGAUUCUAAUAAUUCAUAAGCACUUUAUUUAAAAGGAUAAGUAUUUAUGAAGAAAGGGAAAUUUAAUGAAGCAAUUUUAAGUUUUGAAUAAUCAAUAACUGAGAAUAAUAGUAGAAAAGCUGUAAUGAAAUCUUUAAUAGAAAUAGCCAAAAUAAAGAUUGAUUAGAAAGAUUUCUAUUCUGCUUACUAUACUUUAUAGAGGUAAGAUCAUUUAGAUGUAGAUAAAACAUCACUUAUGGAUCUUAAAUAAUUUACAGAAGGAGUAAUAUUUUUAAUGAAACGUAAAUACAAGGAUGCCAUUAUAGUUUUAACUGAAUUAAUAAAUAAGUAAUAAUUGGGAGAGUUCAUAAAGAAACUUAUUUUUCUUUAUAGAGCCUAUGGUAUUAAUAAUAUAUUAUAUAUUUAGGUUUCAUAUGUGUAAAUAAAUAUCAAAAUGCUCUAAAAGAUUUUAAUUAUAUAUAAAGAUUUUAUCCUUUAGAACCAACAUAACUAUAUAAUAUGAUUAUUUGUGAAGGAAUAGUGAUGUCAUAAUAAAAUUAAUUUGACAAAUCUUAAUAGUUUUUUCAGAAGGCUUCAUAAAUAUUUCCUGGUAAAAUGGAACCACAUUUUUAUAAAGCUUUAACUUUAAUUUAAUUUGUCAACAAGCUACAAAUGAAUGGAAAAGAUAAAUAUAUAAAAAAAGCUUUAAAAUAUCUUGAUAAAGCAGUAACAUUAAAUGAUAACAAUUCAAAACUAUUAUAUCAUAGAGGAAUAAUACGAUUCUAUUUCGGUUAAUUAGAAUUGGCUUUGUAAGAUCUAACAAUUGCCAUAGAAAAUAAUGAGGAACGAAAUUCCAAAAUAUUAUAUGCAAGAGGUUUGGUUUAAGCAUGUCUAGAUAAUCCAUAAUAAGCAUUAAUUGAUUUUACUGUGGCAAUAAAUUGGGAUCCAAAGUAUGCUGAAGUAUAUUUGAACAGAGCAAAAGUAAAUACCUAAUUAGGAAAUAGAACUGAAGCUUUUGAGGAUUUGUAAAUUUAUAUUUCAACAAAUCCUACAGAUCCAUAAAUUUAUCUAUGGGCAGGUAAUUUAUCAUUUCAUCUUGGUUCUCAUUUAAAUGCUAUAAAAACUUAUUCUCAUUCUCCUGAAUUAUAAAAUAAUGUUUAAUUAUUGAGUUAUAGAGCUAUGUGUUUUAUUAUUGAAAAAGAUCUUAAUAAUGCUUUUGUAGAUUUAAAUAGAAUUUAUGAAAUUACAAGUGAUAAAAGAUGGUUAAUUGAUAAAGAAUGCUUGAAUGCAUUAAAAAUUGCUAUAGAAUAAAAUAUAAAAGAAUCAAUAUUAAUUUCUAAUUAUGCUAAUUAUUAAUCUAAAAAUAAAUCUAUAAAUUUUAGAUAGGCUUCAAAAAAAUUAAAAUAAAUUCUAAAUUUUGAAAUUGAAGGGUAUUUAUUUAUGAAAUCAGAUUUAUUAUUUUAUAGAGGAGUCAUGAAAUUUUAUUAAGGUAAUUAUAUAAAAGCUAUUGAUAAUUGGAAUGAUUCUUAUGAAUUAAUGAAAUAAUAAUAAAGAGAAGAAAUGACUUCAAAUGUUCAAUCAGAUUCAUCAGAGGGAUCUUAAAGAAUGAUAAUUAAACUGAAUGAUCUAGAAUUCUAAGAUCGUCCUUAUAAUAUGUAUGAAUAUUAAUACAAUGUUGCUAUUGCCACAAUUUUAGUAAUAAUUAUUAUUAUAGAUAGAAUAAUUUAAAACCUGAAGGAAAAUUAUUGCUUGAAGAUUUGAGUAAAUUAUUACCUUAGACAUUUACUUAAGGAAUCAUGUAAUUUAGAGAUGCUAUAGACUCCUAACAAAUUUAGAGGACUACACUUUUUCAAGAGAAUAAUAGAUUAUGUGAAUUAUUUCCUAAAUUUAAAGUUGGGAAUGCAGUAACUAGAUUAUCUUUUUGCUUACCUAAAUUACCUUCUCCUUGUAUGAAACCUGGAUUUGAUCAAUAAUUAUUAUAAUGCAUCUAAGUAAUUUAAAUAUUUUAUAUGUAUGAGCAUAGUCUAUUGAUGUGGAAAAUAAACCAGAAGCACCAUGGAUUAAAAGAAAUCUUGAUGGAGUUAUUUUUACUGAAAAUGUUUAAUAAGUUGAAUUAGAUCUCUAAAGUGAAACUUAAAGGUCAUAAUUAGAUUAAAGUUAAGAACAAAUUGUGGAUGAAGUUGAACCCAAUGUUUAUACACUGGAAAAAUCUACUUGUAUAAGUAAUUGAA